AUGGAGGACUUUCUGCUCUCCAAUGGGUACCAGCUGGGCAAGACCAUUGGGGAAGGGACCUACUCAAAAGUCAAAGAAGCAUUUUCCAAAAAACACCAAACAAAAGUGGCAAUUAAAAUUAUAGACAAGAUGGGAGGGCCGGAAGAAUUUAUCCAGAGAUUCCUGCCUCGGGAGCUCCAGAUUGUCCGUACCCUGGACCACAAGAACAUCAUCCAGGUGUAUGAGAUGCUGGAGUCUGCUGAUGGGAAAAUCUACCUGGUGAUGGAGCUGGCUGAAGGCGGGGACGUCUUUGACUGUGUGCUGAACGGGGGGCCACUUCCCGAGAGCCGGGCCAAGGCCCUCUUCCGUCAAAUGGUCGAGGCCAUCCGCUACUGCCAUGGCUGUGGUGUGGCCCACCGGGACCUCAAGUGUGAGAACGCCUUGUUGCAGGGCUUCAACCUGAAGCUGACUGACUUUGGCUUCGCUAAGGUGUUGCCCAAGUCACGUCGAGAGCUGAGCCAGACGUUCUGCGGCAGCACAGCCUACGCCGCCCCUGAGGUGCUGCAGGGUAUUCCUCACGAUAGCAAGAAGGGCGACGUCUGGAGUAUGGGCGUGGUCCUGUACGUCAUGCUCUGUGCCAGCCUACCUUUUGACGACACAGACAUCCCCAAGAUGCUGUGGCAGCAGCAGAAGGGGGUGUCUUUCCCCAAUCAUCUGGGCAUCUCAGCCGAAUGCCAGGACCUGCUCAAGCGGCUCCUGGAACCAGACAUGAUCCUCCGGCCUUCAAUCGAAGAAGUUAGUUGGCAUCCAUGGCUAGCAAGCACUUGA